AUGCCGGAGCCAAGAUUAAACCAGAGGUUCGCUAUCGUUGGAACUUUCGUGCAUUCGUCUAAUGAACAGUCACUACUUACGUUACAGGAUCAUUGCCUUGGAGUGGCGAAUGGAAAGAUAAUAUUUCUCCAAAAGUGGGACGAAGAUCUACUGACGUUGUUACAAGAACACAACAUAUUACCUGAAAGUGUUAUUUACUUGAAAGAAAGGCAAUUUCUGAUUCCUGGCUUUGUGGAUACUCACAUCCAUGCAUCACAGUAUCCCAACUGUGGCAAGGGACUAGACGAAGGGUUGUUGUCAUGGCUUCAUAAAUACACGUUUCCAGUCGAGGCUAAAUUCGCAGAUCUGGAGUUUGCCACUGAAACCUAUUCUAAAGUUAUUUCUCGAGUUAUAAAAAAUGGCACAACUACAGCAUGUUAUUAUGCAACCAUCGAUACAGAUGCCACACUGCGACUUUGUGACAUAGUAGACAAGGCCGGCCAGCGUGCAGUGGUGGGAAAAGUUAACAUGGAUCAGAACUCGCCAGACUUUUACAAAGAGGAGACAACCCAGUCUUUUCAGAAUACAAUCAGAUAUGUUAAUGAAGUUAUCAACCGAGAGUACCAACUGGUGAAGCCAUGUAUCACCCCGAGGUUUGCUAUAAGUUGCUGCAUGGAUUUAAUGAAACAGCUUGGACAGUUGGCGAGGUCUCAUCACCUUCAUGUACAGACCCAUAUAUGUGAGACAAGGGACGAAUGUACUAUGGUUCAGAAGCUCUACCCGGAGAGUAAAUCUUACACGGACGUGUACGAACAGGCUGGUCUGCUUACAAAGAAGACUGUGCUUGCUCAUGGCAUAUAUUUAUCAAAGGAAGAAAGGGAGACGAUCAAGAAACGUCGAUCAGGAAUAUCUCACUGUCCGAACUCCAAUUUGUCAAUCCGAAGCGGUCUUCUUGAUGUCAAGGGCUGCUUUGAAGAUGAUAUCGCUGUAGGUUUGGGUACAGAUAUCUCCGGGGGCUACAGUCCAUCUAUCAUGGAUGCUAUGAGAACCGCCAUCAGUACCUCAAACACUAUUGCUAUGCAGCGUGGUCCAAGCUACACACCAUUGGAUUAUAAAGAUGUGUUCCGAAUGGCCACACUGGGUGGCGCCAGAGUGUUGGACAUGGAUGACAUUAUCGGUAACUUUGAGGUUGGGAAAGAAUUCGAUGCCCUUGUUAUAGACCCAAAGGCAGCAGGCAGUGUCAUUGAUGUGUUCGAGAAUGACUCUAUUGAAGAUGUCAUACAGAAAUUCGUCUUCCUCGGUGAUGACAGGAACAUCUUAAAGGUAUUUGUUGCGGGACGUGACCUGUCAGAGAAAUCCUGUGUCGAGCCGUUGAAUAUUUCAUAA